AUGGAGAACGACCGCGGAGACCUUGUUGACCUUUACGUCCCCCGAAAGUGCGCCGCCACUGGCCGCAUCAUUGAGGCCAAGGACCACGCCUCGGUGCAGAUCGCUGUCGCUGACGUUGACGCCAACGGCCGUGCCAUCCCUGGCCAGUCGACCGUCUUCCCCUUGUCCGGCUUCGUGCGCCAGCUCGGUGAGGGUGACGACUCGCUCAACCGCCUUGCCCAGAAGGAGGGUCUCCUCAAGAACGUCUGGCAGUACCAGAAGUAA